CACUGGAUCUCAAAAAGUCUCAACAGAAGAAGAAGGAAGGAAGGAAGGGCGUUCGUUGGGAGUCGUUCAUGCCUGCACCGAUCUCUCUGUUAUCAAUCAUCGUCCUCGAUCUUCCUCACCUCGCAUCCUCCAUUGACUGGUUGGGAUACUGUCCGUAUCUCCUCAUACCUGUCGCUCGUGGCCUCAGUUCUGGCUCUGUUCCCGGGAUUCGACCCUCAACAUGUCGGCCACGUUAAAACCGUAUUUGCUGGCCGUGAAGCGAACGCUGCAGGCUUCCAUGUGUCUGGAGAACUUCUCGUCUCAGAAGGUGGAGAAGCACAACAAGCCCAUGAUUGAGGUCAAGGAGUCGCCCGAGCUGCUCCUCAACCCGGUGAUUAUAUCGCGGAAUGAGAAGGAACGGGUCUUGAUCGAGCCGUCCAUCAACUCGAUCCGGGUCUCCAUCGCCAUCAAGCAAGCCGAUGAGAUCGAGAAGCUCUUGUGUCACAAGUUUAUGGGUUUUAUGAUGAGACGAGCCGAGAACUUUAUCAUUUUGAGGCGGAAAAAGAUUGAGGGCUACGAUAUCAGUUUCCUGAUUACCAAUUUUCACACCGAGGAGAUGUACCGACACAAAUUGAUCGAUUUUGUCAUCCAUUUCAUGGAGGAAAUCGACAAGGAGAUCUCGGAAAUGAAGCUUUGUGUGAAUUCUCGGGCUAGAAUUUGCGCCGAAGAAUUUCUUAAGCGGUUCUGAAAAUCCUGUGAUAACCCCGCCUCCGUUCCGCUGUUGCUUCCAAAUAUACCGAUGACAUUUCCACUCAUGAGCUUCGUUUCUUGAUUUUUUUUUAUUGCUUUGUCUACAUUAUCCACCAUGAUCUAUGAAUUAAGUAACGUAAAUACAGUGAUGCUUAAGUUUAAAA